UCCCCCAAAUCUGCCUUCAUCAGUGCUUCGAAGAAGGCCAAGCUGAGAUCCAAUCCUGUGAAGGUCCGAUUUUCUGAGCAGGUGGCAACCGGAGAAACAGAUGCAAAGAUGAUGAAGAAAGAAGCUCUUCUCCUCAUCCCCAACGUCCUGAAGGUUUUCUUAGAAAAUGGGCAGAUCAAGUCGUUCACGUUUGAUGGCCGGACCACUGUUAAGGAUGUCAUGGUGACAUUACAGGACCGGCUUUCCCUGAGGUACAUUGAGCACUUUGCCCUUGUCCUUGAGUAUGCCGGGCCAGAACAGAACCACAAGUUCCUGCUUCUCCAGGACAAGCAGCCCCUGGCUUAUGUAGUGCAGCGGACACACUAUCAUGGAAUGAAAUGCCUCUUCCGGAUAAGUUUCUUUCCCAAAGACCCGGUGGAGCUGCUGCGUCGGGAUCCUGCUGCUUUCGAGUACCUGUACAUCCAGAGUCGGAACGAUGUCAUCCGAGAACGCUUUGGAAUGGACCCCAAGCCAGAGAUGCUUUUGGGCCUUGCUGCCCUCCACAUCUAUAUCACUGUCUCAGCUACUCGACCUAGUCAGAAGAUCUCACUCAAGAAUGUGGAGAAGGAGUGGGGCCUGGAACCCUUUCUUCCCCCCUCCCUCCUACAGGGCAUCAAAGAGAAGAACCUCCGGAAAUCUCUCUCUCAGCAGCUGAAGGCGCACCAAACACAUCCUUCCAGCAGCACCAAGGGCUCUGCAAUUCAGGCCAAACUCCAGUAUCUUCGAAUUCUGAAUGAACUUCCGACGUUCACGGGCGUUUUGUUCAACACUGUGGGCCUGGAUGAGAAGCAGUCGGCCACCACCCUCCUAGUGGGACCCCGUCACGGCAUCAGCCAUGUUAUUGACCUCAAAACCAACCUCACCACUGUGCUGUCCGAGUUCAGCAAGAUCAGCAAGAUCCAGCUGUUCCGGGAGAACCAGGGCGUGGCCCGGGUGGAGACCAGCAUCAUGGAUGCCAAGCCUCUGGUGCUGUUGAUGGAGUGGCCCGAAGCCACCAACUUCGCCUGCCUGAUUGCGGGGUACUGCCGCCUCCUGCUGGAUUCCAGGAAGAUGGUCUUCUCCAGGCCCACUAGCCAGCCUCUUCCACCUCCAAUGAUCAAGGCAGAUUACAUGCACAGCGCCCACCGCCCUGUCACUGGGGGCCACCUGGGGAAAAAGGAGAGUAGUUAUGUGGGCAGCAUGGGCACCAGCCCCAGGAAGUCGAGCCGCUGCACGCCCCCGCCUGCCGACUCUGAGCUUGUCAGCUUUUGCUACCUCCACAUGCGCGAACAAAGGAAGGAUCAGGAAAGCCGGACAGAUGUCAAUGAGAACUUGAUCUUCUUUGAGGAGACCAGGCCGCGGACCAAGUCUGACCCCACGUCCAAGAGUUCUGGCCAAGGUUAUGAUGUGAUCCCUGGUGACUUUGAUGCAGCUAGCCUAGACCACGAGCCUUGUGCCAGCAGGGCCCGGUCCUACACUUUGGACAAUUCCCUUGGGGCUGAAGCCCUGAAUUUCUACUGUGACUCUUGCAAAGCCAAACUCCAGGAGCAGCUGGGCCCUCGCAAAGGUGGGAGGUCUGGCUCCUCUCGUGACAAUAUGGUAGACUUGAUGUCCCUCCCACCCCCCGGGAGUGAGGAGGAGGAAGAGGAGGAAGAUGAGAGCACUUCGCUGUUGCCUGCCAUUGCUGCCCCACCUCCUGGUUUCCGAGACAACAGUUCUGAUGAAGAGGACCCCAAGCGCCGGGCCGUCCAGAGCCAGGAGCAAGGACGCCACCUGCGUGGGCUCCUGUACGAUGAGAUUCCGGUGACACUGAUUGACAGCGUGCAGACCCGGACAGUCCGAGAUCAUGCCCAGGAGCUAGAUGAUGCCCUGGUGUCCACUCUGCAGGCUCUGGAAGCCCUGGCAGCCUCAGAGGAUGGACCACACCCCCCAGCCCCUCAGACUGCAGGUCUGAUUGUGCUGGCCACAAUCACCCCUGAAUCGUCGCUGGACUCGGGCCAUGAAACCAACUCUUCGGAGCUCACGGACAUGUCGGAGGUGAUGUCAGCCAUGAAGCAACACCAGAAUACCACCUACUUCCUGGCCCAGCAUCUCAACAAGGACAGCCUCCUGGCCCGCAAGGACCUGCCCUUCCGCAUCCAGAGCUGUGCAGCCCAGGCCGUUCUCACAGCCCCUUACUCUCUCGGGCGCCCAGACCCCAACCCGUCCUUCCAGCCAGCUGUCACAGGCCAGAGUCCUGGCGCCCCUGGUGUUCGGAGGAAGGUGCCCCCAUCAGAGGCCCAGCCCCAGCACGGGCGAACAUACUCCCUGGCUGUCCACCCAGCACUGUCCCCUCAGCUGAGUGAUCAGAAAGAUCCGAGCCUGCUGUCCCCAGCUCCUGAGGACAAAGGGCCUGGCCACACUCGGGCGGGCCUAGAGAUGUCACUGGGGGCGGCCACACCGUCCCUCAGUGAGGAGCGGGUCUCUGAGCUAAGGGAGAGCCUACCCAAGGAGGUCAGGUUGAGCCCCAAGCUCAUCCUGGACUCGAAGGGUGGUGUGACCCCAGCCGUCAUCUCGGCUGCCCUACAGCAGGUGGUUCAUACUAAGAGUCCAUCUGGCCCUGGCGGGGCCUUGGGGACCCCCCCCAACAGUGGGGAGAGGUUAGAGGCCAGCAUGGGGAGGUCAGAGGUCAGCAUGGGAAGGCCAGAAGUUAGCAUGAUGAGCAGCAGUUCCAAUAAGAAUCUUAAGUUCAAAAUGAGCCCCAGCGCUCCAGAGGCCUCACGGAAUUCCCAGCCGCAGCUGAGCCCAGAGGUGUCUUCCGGCUCCAGAGCACCCACAGGCAGCCGAGCUGAUAGCCUGCACCUCUCCUCACAAGAGGACAGGCUGCCUAUUCAAAGUUUCCCUCCCAAAAGCUAUCUUUCUCGAGUGAGUCGAGAGUCAGUGGGCAAGCAAGGUACUGGGGAGGUGGCGGGCAAGGGCGGGCCUGAGGGUGCUAAGCCUUCCCUGCACAAGCAGGGCAACGUCUCCGGCCAGGGGGAGAAGGGGCAGCUGGAGAGCACCCCCCAAAGCAGCAAGCUUGAAGACACCAGCCUGGUCCCCCGAGCCGGCUACCCCAUGGUUCUGCAGAGCCCCAGCUGCCCACUGCAAGGCCAGAGCCCCAGCUGUCAGCAGCGAGGCCAGAGCCCGCUGAGGCCUCAGGCUGCCAGCUGGCAGGUGAGCACCAUGCCCUCCAGAAAGAUCGAAACGACCUUGGAUGGAGCCCACUUGGCAUCCGAAGGCCCCACCAAGCCCAAAUCAUCCCGGGGUCCUUUCCGGCUCCGCAACUUAUUCUCUGCCACCUUCCCAACCCGCCAGAAGAAGGAGACAGAUGAGCGGCAGGCCCAGCUGCAGAAGGUAAAGCAGUAUGAGCUGGAGUUCCUUGAGGAACUUCUCAAGCCACCAAGCCAGGGGGAGCUGUCGGGCACCGAGUACCUGCAACCCCCAGCUCCAGGCCGCUGCAGCUGCCAGCUCCGCAGCAGCCCCGUGCAGCAGGGGCCUGGCAUGUCCCGAGAGCAGAGGCGCAGCUGUGAUUGCAAGCGUAUGUGCCGGGGGGCCCGGCCUCAGGCCCCACAAACGCCGGUGCCCGGCCUCCGGGAGAGGGAGAGGGACAGGGUCCCCCCUACCCAGAGGCAGCCAGAGGCCGGCCCAGGCUUGAGCCUCGGCAGCCCCACCAGUGUCCAGCGCAUCCGCUCCACCAGCCUGGAAUCCCGAGAGUGCCGAUCGGACCCUGAGAGUGGGGUUUCAUGCCUGACCACAUGUGCCUCAGGGGGCGAGUGUCUAGGAGCUCCCAACUAUAGGAAACUGAUACGCCGCUACAGCAUUAGUGAGCUGGACCAGGGCGACAGGGCCUCGCUGACCUCGGACGUCUACCCGCACCCACCCCUGGGCAUGCUGCCCAGGGAGGCCAAGGAGGUAGAGGCAGGCCUCCCCCUAGGCGUGGGUCCCAAAAGCAAGUCACUGGAAUCCCCGAUCCUGGGAGACCCCUCCUACGUCCACGUUGCCCCUGAGACCAAAGGCCCCAGACAGAUGGCCGUGUUCUCACUGCCAGAAGAGGUGUACCGGAAGCCCGCGGAGCUGGACGAGGACAGCGAGAGCGGCAAGUGUUGCUCCAUCCGCUACUGCUUCUACUACCGCAAGUGCGACAUGGCAGAUGACACCAGCGACGGCAAGGAUGAGCUCUCCUACUCCAUCCCCAUGAAGAUCCUGCCCGGCAUGAAGCUGGAUGAGCAGGUGGUGCCCGUGGUGAGCAGGACCCUGCAGGUGCUGGAUGCCGCCACCUGCAGCAGCCCGGAGGCCUCCCGCACCCAGGAGAUCGACCUGCGGGUGUCUACCUUCGAGGGGAGCCUGGCCAAGAUCAACGCCCUACGGGCCCAUGCCUACGGCCUGCCUGACGGCUUCCUGGCUGCCAGGCUGGACACCAACGAGCUGCUGACGGUCCUGCGGCAGUGCGUGGCCAGCCCUGAGGCCCGCGCCCCCAAGCCCUACGUCUCCCAGAUCUCUGAGUACAAGCUCGAGCUGGCUCUCAAGUUCAAGGAGCUCCGGGCCUCCUGCCGCCGCGUGGCCAACGUGGACAAGAGCCCCACUCACAUGCUGGCGGCCAUCACGGGCAGCUUCCAGGUGCUGAGCAGCCUCAUUGAGACGUUCGUGCGGUUGGUGUUCAUCGUGCGCUCUGAGGCCCAGCGCCAAGAGCUGCUGGCCAAGGUGGAAGAGGUGGUGAGGAACUACACCUUCCUGCUGCGCGCAGCCGAGGAGUCCACCGCCCGGAGCCUUAAGCAGCAGCAGCAGGCAGUGGCCGCGGGGCGCACACCGGGCCCCCCCGCUUCAGCGACUGUUACGAGCACACUCACCCGCUCCUUAAAAACCCUUAUUAAGUAGGCCAUUUGCCCGGGCCUGCCCCCCUUCCCCAACCGUGGCCCCAGGUUUGAGCUUUGUGGUCUUUGCAUCUUGUGAGUAUAGGUGUCUUCUGGGCCAGUCGGGGUCCCAGAGUCCUCAGUCUCCAGGGAGUGACAGCUCCGUGCGUCGAGGCUGUCCCUGAGGGCUCCCGGCAGCUGCCACCCUGGGUAUCCUCACCCCUUCCCUGGCCUCUGGGCGUCACUGUGAGGGCCAAUGCCCCCCCACCCCACCCCGGUCACUAUGCCCGCCGCAGAGCUGUAUUGCCUCUCUUCUCUAGGGCUGAGACGUGACGUCAGGUCCGCUUCCUGCUCCAUCGUGGGAGCCGGAGGGGGGCGGGCCUGAAGCA